GUUUAGUCAUUAGUGUGCUAUACAAAGUGCCCUCGGUAGGGUCAAUGUCAAAGAAGAGAGAGAGAGAGAGAGAGGAGAGUGUGGGGUAAUGGUAAUCAAUUGUGGGAUGUUUUUGGAUUCACAAAUGAAGUAAAUGUGCAUUUGUUGCGGAGGGUCUGUUUUUAAUUGGAUUUCAGAGGGGGGAGAGAGGGAGAGAGAGAGAGCUAAUAGCUCUUCAGGUGAUUCAAGAAAGGGGGGUAGAGGUCUUUUUGUUUCUUGAGGAGGAAUUGUUGAGAAAUCCCAUUUUAGUGUGUGCUAUUAUUUCCUGGCGGGGGGAUCUGUGUUCUUGGUGCUUCUCUUGAUUUCCUCCUCACUCCCCGUAUUGGGAGUUUUCUGUAAAUUUGUUGAUGUUCUUCGCCGUGCUUCAACUGUCAGUACUGAACCUCUGAAUUCCGACUUCCUCAAAAUCUGCAGAUGUAAUCUACUCGCUUUCCUGUCUUGUCGCUCAGAAACAGGAAGCUUUAAUGCAUCUCUCACUAUGGAAACCAUUAUCUCACUGUGCUGCUCUUAUCUUGGACAAAAAGGGCAGAAGAAGAGAUGGGUCUGACCACUCAGCAGCGGAAAUUAAGGCCAACCCGUCAAUUCUGAGGAAAUUGCAAGAGCACAAGCUGAGGGAGGCUCUUGAAGAAGCAUCUGAAGAUGGUUCUCUUGUUAAGUCCCAAGACAUGGAUUCUGAGUCCUUGGCCAAUCAAGAUGAUGGCUUGGGCAGAUCGCGGUCGCUUGCUCGGCUAAAUGCCCAGAAAGAAUUCCUCAGAGCUACUGCUCUUGCCGCUGAGCGCACAUUCGAGUCGGGGGACUCCAUUCCACAGCUCAGUGAGGCUUUCUCGAAGUUCCUCACAAUGUACCCCAAGUACCAGUCAUCAGAGAGGAUUGAUCAGCUGAGGUUGGACGAGUACUCGCAUCUCUCUGGUGCAGGGUCAAAGGUAUGCCUUGACUAUUGUGGGUUUGGGUUGUUUUCAUUGCUGCAAACUGUUCAUUACUGGGAAUCAUCCACAUUUAGUUUGUCUGAGAUUACUGCCAAUUUGAGUAAUCAUGCUUUGUAUGGGGGAGCUGAAAAUGGAACUAUAGAACAUGAUAUAAAGACCAGGAUAAUGGAUUAUUUGAACAUCCCUGAGAAUGAAUACGGCCUUGUGUUUACUGUGAGCCGUGGCUCUGCCUUUAAAUUGCUUGCUGAAUCAUACCCGUUUCACACAAAUAAGAGGUUGUUGACCAUGUUUGAUCACGAGAGCCAAUCAGUGAAUUGGAUGGCUCAGAGUGCUAGAGAGAAAGGUGCCAAGGUUCAUAGUGCAUGGUUUAAGUGGCCUACUCUUAAGCUUUGUUCCACGGACCUGAGGAAGCAAAUUUCGAACAAAAAGAAGAGAAAGAAAGAUUCAGCAUCUGGUCUUUUUGUGUUCCCUGUUCAGUCUAGAGUUACUGGUGCCAAGUACUCGUAUCAGUGGAUGGCUCUGGCCCAACAGAACAAUUGGCAUGUCUUGCUUGAUGCUGGGGCAUUGGGCCCAAAGGACAUGGAUUCUCUUGGGUUGUCCUUAUUUCGGCCAGAUUUCAUCAUCACAUCAUUCUAUAGGGUGUUUGGUUAUGAUCCCACGGGAUUUGGGUGCCUUCUGAUUAAGAAAUCUGUGAUGGCAAGUCUUCAAAAUCAGUCAGGUCAUGCUGGCAAUGGUAUAGUGAAAAUCACUCCUGUAUUUCCUCUGUACUUGAGUGAUUCAAUGGAUAAUUUCCCCGGAUUUGCUGAAGAUGAGGAAGCCAGUGGGAAUGGCGAUGUUAAUACUGAAACCCGUCCUGGAUCUCAAUUGCCUGCCUUUUCUGGUGCUUUCACUUCUGCUCAGGUACGAGAUGUGUUUGAGAGUGAGAUGGAGCAUGAUAACAGUUCUGACAGAGACGGGGCAAGCACCAUAUUUGAAGAAACUGAAAGUAUUUCUGUCGGGGAGGUGAUGAAAAGCCCAGUCUUCAGUGAAGAUGAAUCGUCUGAUAACUCACUGUGGAUAGAUUUGGGUCAGAGUCCAGUAGGCUCUGACAUUGCCGGUCACUCGAACAAACAUAAAGUGUCGUCUCCCUUACCACCGGCUUGGUUUUCUGGCAGAAAGAUUAAUAAGCUGACUUCUCCAAUUGCCUCAAAGUUAUCCAGUAGCCCAAUGUACGACAAGGAAUUGAACAUGGGAGACCGCCAUGUAUUAUCAUUUGAUGCUGCUGUUCGGUCAGUGUCUCAAGAAGUGGACCAUUUCAAGGAGAUUCCUGAAGAACAUAUUGCGGAUGGGUUCCCUGCUUCAAGAGAAUUCAGGACUCCAGAUAAUCAACAUUUUCAUGAAAUUGAAGAAGAACCCGAAAUCAACAAGUCUGCUGUCAAGGGCUCUAGUUAUCCGAGUAUUCAACAUGGAGCUGCUUCUGAGAUAUGCCUUGAGAAGGAGAGUGCAAUAAGACGAGAGACGGAAGGUGAAUUUAGGUUACUGGAAAGGCGAGAAAGAAACAGAAUUGCUGGUGGCAGGUUUUUUGGAGUAGAAGAGUCUGAGCCAGCUGGAAGCAGAGGGAGAAGGGAAUCAUUUAGCACAGAUGACAACCACAGAGCUCACAUUGGCUGGACUCUGGAGCAAGGAGAGUUAUCUACCGCCAGUCUAGACGAUGAUGACUAUAUGAGCAACGAUGAAUAUGGCGACGGGCAAGACUCGGAGAGGGGUGAACCAGAAAUAAUCUGCAGGCAUCUUGAUCACAUAAAUAUGUUGGGUCUCAACAAGACCACUUCACGGCUUCGGUUCUUGAUCAAUUGGCUUGUGACCUCUCUGCUGCAGCUAAGGCUGCCUAGUCCAAAUGGAAAGGACGGUGCACCACUAGUUCACAUUUAUGGCCCCAAAAUUAAAUACGAACGAGGUGCUUCAGUUGCAUUCAAUGUGAGGGACCGAAACAGGGGUCUGAUCAGUCCAGAAGUUGUUCAAAAACUGGCUGAGUCACGUGGUAUUUCUCUGGGUGUUGGAAUACUCAGUCACAUACGGAUACUAGAUAGCCCCAAGCAGCAGCGUGGAUCCUUGAGUCUCGAUGACACCACCCUCUGCAAACCAAUGGAAAAUGGUAGACACGACGGUAAAAGUGGAUUCGUCAGAGUUGAGGUCGUCACAGCUUCACUUGGCUUUUUGACCAACUUUGACGAUGUCUACAAGUUGUGGGCAUUCGUGGCCAAAUUUCUCGACCCAAACUUUGUGAAAGAGGGUGUCCUUCCGCCUGUUGCCGAGGAGGUUGAAGAAUGAAAUGGGAUAUCCCACUAAUACUUUCGUCCCAUUGCCCUAAGGUGCGUAUAUGCAACAAAAAGUUUUGGCAGGAUUCUUUUUGCCCCUCCUGCAUCUUUGCUGCACGCGGGGGCAUUUGUUCAUUCUUGUUUUUGGUUGUUUGAGUUUUAUCCUUUGCCUUCUUCGGUUCCUGUAGAGUUUGGCUUAGAGAUCUGUCUCUUUUCAGAUAUUAGUUAUGAACUAAAGCAGAUACAAAUGAGCAUUACAUUCCCCUGUCCCAAACUAGUUGAUGGCCAAAGUGGUUUCUGCUGUGUAAAAAUCAUUAUAUUUUGCUUGUUUCAUAUUAGAUUCUACUGUACAUGAAUCCCUCUGAUCAAUUUGUCAAGCUGAGAUUUAUGAGGAAGCUUGAAAUGCUUAGACAGUAGUGUUGAAUUGAGAUAAAAAUUGCAUUUCCCGUCGAGUUUCCCGGACAUGGAA